AUAGGUAGACUGUCGUGCACUACUCGUUGUUUUCUGCAGGUGGAUCGUAGUGCACUAACUAGUCUCCUGCCUCUACCGGAAGAGGCUCAAUUUAUUCGUCGCAACCUCUUUACAAGAUUCAUCUUGUAUCAUCUGCCUCUGCUUGCAGAGGACUGAUGUAUGUACUUGAUGUUGAAUGGUGAUUGGUUGCAAGAUGUUAUUGCGCUCAUUCUCAGUCUUCCCUAUACGUGUUGCUCGGAGAAUUAUUGCAUUUAAGUCCUUGUAGGUUAUUGUAAUUGCUUCAAAUCACCCACUUAUACGAAAUCUCAUUAUCAGUCAUAAGUAAUUUGAAUUUGGAAGAGUUCGAUAUAAUAUCUUGCAGACUCAUAUUUAGAUACCAGUUUGAUUGAAGAGCUUGGGCCACUUUAAUUUUACCAUUCCUUACUCCAACUCCCUCUUGUUAUUUGAUUGUAUUUUAUCUGAUUAUUGCUUACAAAUUGAUUGUAUUUGGAUGACUUUCUCUACAUGUCCCUUGUAGUCCAUCCAAAUCAAUUAUUCAAGUUGGGGUUAAAUCAUGUUCUUCUGGCUGUGCUUUAAUUUAAGUCCUCGCCGGUAAAAUUACAACUCUUCAUUAUUUCUUUUAGAUUUCAAGUUAUGAGCCCCUUCAAUAUUCUCAUGAUAAUGUCGCGAGCUGAUUGAUAGUCUAACACCAACAUCUCCUUGAAAUAUAAUAUUAGUUACUCAUUCUGGGCAGAGAACUUGAACAUAUCUUCUGAGUAUUUUCUAAACCAUGUCAUAGGAGCUGAAAGAGGUGAUGCGUUAUCAGAGGCCUCCUUAGAAGACAAGUCUUUCAAGCUAUUUGUCAUAGGGAUUUUUUGGCAACUAGAAUCAUGACCAAUCUUUAUUUCUUCUCUUUGAUAUAAUUCUUCUCUACUUGAAAGAUAGUCAAUAUGUAUGAUAAGCUUGGUACCAUAGUCAUCAACAUCUUACUCCAUUCGAGACGCUCGUCACAAGCUAAUUGUUGUUUCUCCCAAGUUUCAUAUCAAAGCUUGUAGUUAACUUAUACAUAUAAACCAUCAUUUAAUUGUCUUUCAUUUCAUCACAUCAUUUUCUUUUUACAACUUAUGAACCUCAUUUCAAAUGAGAGGCUUUUGAUUCAAAUUAAUCGUUUACUCAAUGCCCAUUUGAGUCUGAGUCUAGUUUGAGUUUGAAUUCAUUUAUGUCAAUUUGGUCCAAUCAAGUUCACAAGUCCUCUAUCAACUUAUCCAAGUCCUUGUUCAAAUUCAAAAGUUCACUGUGGUCCGAGCUUGAUUCAAGUUUGAUUUCAGUCCAAAUUAAGCCUCUUGCACAUUUUUAUUUUGGGUUCAAUUAUUUAUUAAGCCACUUAGAUUUUGUUCAAAAGUCCAAAUACAAGUCAUCCGUCGUUCUUGUAGAGUUCAAUCAAAUCCAGGUCUCAAAUUAUUACAAUUCCUUGUCUGUUUUUCAGACAAAAAUUCGGCAGCCUCCCGGCGUCUCUCCCGUUUAGGGGAAAAAAUAAGAGGCCGCCUACCCGCCACGUCAUUAAAGAUAUGGACGGUUGGUGUUGGUGAGACACUGCGGCGGUUGUAUUUGUUUUUCUCCCACCACGCACACUAAAGGCGUGCUUGGGGUUUUAAAAAGCAUUUUUUGAAAAGCAAUUUUGAUUUCUCCCUGCUAGAAGGUACUUAUGAGAAAAGUAGAGUAGAAUAAGACAUCCACGGAGCUCCCAUUGUCCUAUAAAAUUGUUUUGACGUUGUAACACAGGUCACCUAUCCUUGCUUUAAUCAUGAGUGGUUCUUAAUGAAGGGUUUUUACUCCCUCUAAUUUAGAAUCAUCAAAAAUAAUAAAGAGGUCGAUACGGGAGUUCUUCGGUGUCAACUUUUCAUCCACUGUAAAUAAGAUUUGAUUAGAAAAUAAGGUGUCCCCAAUAAUAAUUUUAAUCUCACCAACUAUUUGAUAAUUAUUAAGCAGUAGUCUUUUUGUUGUUAAUUUUAUAGUGCAAUGGGACAAGUCACAUCUUGAGCAAGUAGAUUUUUAAUAAACCGUUAAAGGUAGCCUUGUUGGAUAAGUCUCUCAAUUUUAUCCUUAAGCUGCUUACAGGACUCAAUGGUUUGCCAAUGACUAUGGUGGAAAUGAUAAUAUUGAUCCUGAUUUCCUAUAUUCGACUUCAAAUGAAUAUACCACUUAACAUUUUCUUAAUCUCAAAUGGACAUCAGUAUAUUUACUCAAAAUGUGUUGAGUGGUGCUCCUCCUGUUUUCAAGGCUCGCGUCGUGGCAAUGGGGGUCUAUGAGGCCCGUUCCUCUUCCCUUAUUUCUUUUGCUACAAAAAUGAGUUAUCUAUUAUAGGGGCAUUCUUGUAUUUAUUGAAAGUUUGCUCAAAUCAUUUAUUAUGAGCAUUAAUAGCUACAUAUAUAGGGGUGUCAAUAUUUGACACGACACGACAACCCGACCCGGAAAAACCGGGUUGGACCCGACCCGUUUGAUAAACGGGUCGGGUCCGGGUUCGCAGAUUCAACCCGUUUGAUAAAAUGGGUCGGGUCGGGUUGACCUGGCGGGUUGCGGGUCAACCCGAAAACCCAUUUAUUUUAAAAAAUUUUAAAUUUCCCGUUGUUUCCGAGUUUUAACUUUUCAGGGAGAAACAGGUUCUUAAGCAUAGGUUGUCACUUGUCAGUGCUUUCAAGUUGUCAUCCAGCCCAAAUCCAUCAUUACUUAUUCUGCAUGUCCUUUCUUUGCUCCAAUGGCAGCUUCCGUUGAUUCUCCUCUGUCGCACUAUGCACCAAUAUUAAAUAUAAGAUUUCUGAUUUCUUUGCUCCAAUGGGUUCCGCGUGCCGUCCGAAAUUCUGCCCCGCGUGCCGUCGCCGAACAAAAAAAAAUGGGCGUGUCCGAAAUUCUGCCCGCGUGUCGUCGCCUAACCCGCACCAUCGCCGCUGACGCGUUGCAGAACCCUCGCGCGUCACCUACUGUCGGGUCGCGGGUCGGGUCGGGUCAACCCGGCAACCCGGCCAGGUCGGGUCCGGGUUGAAAUGUCCAACCCGUUUACAAAAACGGGUCGGGUUCGGGUUGACCCGUUUAUAUACAGGUCGGGUCGGGUUCAACCCGAACCCGACGGGUUGACCCGAAUUGACACCCCUAUACAUAUACUGAUAUUUGUGCCUCCACACAAUGAAUUAUAUUAACAUAUGAAUGAGCUAUAUCUCGUAUAAGUGUUGAGUAAAAGGGACUAGGACAGAGGCCUCCAAGGAAAACUCCUCUCAGCAACUCGGGAUCCAUUCCUAAAAUUUAUUGAGCUUCGAUGUGGAAAGAUUAGAAUAACUAAAGAAAGAUAGCAUAGAUUAGCUUCUUCCACUCCAUUAAACCAGUUGUUGAUUAGCACUUUAUUCGUAUGUUUGUCUGCAGAGUGAAGCAUGGAGAAUCCAUUAUAGCAAAUGCAAACAAAUCAUUGAGAUUAAUAAUGGCGAUAGCAAGCUUUUACUGCGUUUGGUGCAUGAUUCAGAUAUACCUGCGAGGCUGCGAACCCCGCCACAGCCAACCAUUAUUAAUAAGUAAAAGGAAAUGACUUAUAAAAAGAUGCUUUAAAAUAUUUUCUUGUCAUUUUUUAUGGACCUAUAGAUCUUGAUUGUUAUAAAAUAAAUUUACACAAUCAUUUUCUAUGAUAUAUUGUUUAAUCAUUUGUAACUUUCAAAAGUCAUUUCCUUAAAUCAAGUAGGGAUAUAAAUUUCAAAAUAUACAGAAAUUCAUCUGAAAUUUUCUUCUUUCAUCAAAAUAAUCAUUUACAUUACAGUACAUGGCUAUAGAUAGAAAGAACAGAAUAGAAAAAUCAUGACCAUUGCCCAAUUUUAAUUAUAAUUAGAUUGGGUUGUACUCGCCCGUGUAUGAGAGUACUUAGAUUGUAAAGAACUUCUUUGAUUUAAAGAAGUGAGAUUUGGUUGGUACUGAACCAUCUUGCCAGAGUGGCUUCUGACCAUUGCCCAAUUUUAUUAACUUGAUGGCAACCUUGUUGCAAAUCUAUUUUCAUGACUUAUGUUUUGAUGAUUGACAAACACUAUUGAUUCUCUUGGACUGCCUGUUACUUCUAACUUUUUAGGAAUCGAAGAUCGGACGAACAAACGAAGCCACUUCAAGAUUGCAUAGGUUUAGGGUUGAGUCAGUCUGUACUUUAUUUUUUCUCUUCUUGAGUCUAUUUGUAAUGUUCAAAGAGACUGAUCGCCAAGCUGGUAGUCAGAGCCAGUUUAAAGGACUUGUAGAUGUUUACAGGAUGACUCUUUCAAGUGAUGGUUUUGUUGGCUUGUAUCGGGGCUUUGGGGUGUCAAUAAUGGGCAUCACUCUAUAUCGUGGACUCUAUAUCAUCACUUUAAUACGUAUAUAGAGGCAGGCCUAAGAAAAGAUAUAAUUAUUAAAGAAUACGUAUUAAAGCAUGAUCUUUUCUAAGGAUUUCAUAUCUUCCAGAUUCAUCCUUAAUUUUUUAAUUCUCAAGUGUACUAGAUCUAGAUUUUCAAGACAAGUUGAUUCCUCUUUUUAAUGAAAAUUGACCUCUACCUUAAGUCUUAAGCAGGAGAGAGUUGUAGUUGACUCCAUCAAAUGUCUAGAUGUCCCUCCCUCCCACCGCUUUCGUGGGUUAAUUUAACUUUUGAAUUAAAAUCUAUCUCAAAUUUAGGUUGAUUCUAAAAAUGAAAAUUUUAUCAAUCUUCUAGCAAUUUUCUAUCAUAAUAGGAGAUUCUAGCAUGUCUAAAAUCUGUUAAAUGAUUUUCAAAGUCAAUCCCAUACUCUUUUCAAAAAGAUUGAGUGUGCUUUGAGGAUUAUUCUUCCUUGUAUAAGAGAAUGAAUUUUCUUCUCUAAUACUUGAGAUAUAAUCCCAGCAUUCAAAAUAAAAAGAUCAAUCAAUUUAAGGUAUUUGAAGAAAGUGGAGCCUAUUCUUGAAUUCAAUUGAAAUCAAAAGAUGAGCAAAUGCUCUAAAAAUUUAAAAAAUGCGUAAAUGCGCCAAGAAUCAAGAAAUGCACGAAGUGCACUAAGAGUUAAAAGAUACGCAAACUACGUCACCAAAAAAGAAAAAGAAGAAGAGUAAGAUGGCUUCCUUCCUCUAAAUCCUUGAAUAUAAAAAUAACUCGAUCACCUUCAAGUACUUGACUUUGAAAAUCCUGAAUUUAGAUUCUUCAACAUGCAUGAAUUUUCUAUUAGAUAGAAGGACAUGUGCAAGAAAGUUGAAAAGAUCAAAUUUCUACCUUCAACUUAAACUCUUUUCUUAAGUGAUUCUCUUUUAUUUUAGCGAAUCUACAAGAGGUUAGAAGAAUUUUAGAAAUUUUUUGAUUGGUAAUGAAUUGUUCGAUAAACACUUUGGCAAAUUUGAUUAAUAUGGGUAUAGUUCUAACUGGAAGUGAAUAAAACUACGUUCGAGCUUGUCCUUUCAGGGUGGCAGGAAAAACUUUGUAGAUGAGGGCGUCUGAGGCUCGCUGGAUAUAUAUGUGGUUCUCUAGUGAUUGAUAUGUUCAUAAGGGUUGGACAUCCCAUCGUAAGAAUCUAUUAUAUGUAAUUUGAAGCCUACCGGAAUGGGAUGUUGAAGGAUGGGUUCAAUUUGGGGUUAUAACUUUUUUUAAAAGUCUAAUUGAUGAAGAUAUGUCCUUCCACCUUUCAUUGUGAAAUCUUCUUGAACUAGUCAUUGUAGUUUGUGACGUAAAGCGUUGUGUGGGAUAUAAGUAACAUGAGGUCUGGCAAAAUCUUUGGCGAUAACUGGAGGAAUGUGAGGUUACUGGCCAAUAUAUGUAAGAUGGGUAGAACUUGUUAUGUCAACAAGUUUAUUGUCUUGAGGUGAUGUGGGAUGCAUCCUUGAUUGAGGAAGACGAAUAUCUUCAUGAAUAUGUUUAGCUCAAUCACCUUCAACCAGUAAUGGAUCUUGAGGGAGAAGAACCUCCUCUUAUUGUGCUAGCAUUGGUUGUCGAGACUCUCGCUGAAGUUGAAGGAUAUCAUUUUAAGAUUCUUCCAUCUUUCGGAUAAGAUCUUCUAUGGAAGAUCUUGAAUUUCCUUCUCCAGUAGGAUUUCGCCCACCAGGAUAAAAAGAGGCAUAUGCUUGGCAUCCCUGAUUUAUUAAAUGAUGAUUAGUAUUAGAGCGGGAGGCUCCCCAAUUUUUAUUACUACACUUGUUGGUCAAUAAAGUGGUGCUUAGGAUCAUGGGAUUGAGUUUCGCACAUAUGACACCAAUCUGUUAUGGCUAGAAUAUACGUGGUGAUAGAGUUAGAAUUUUUCAUCUCAACGUUGUACCGAUAUUCAACACAUAAAUAGCAAAUUAAAAACACAAGAUCAUUUACAUGGAAAACUAUGGAAAAGGGAAAAUCACAGGUUUACGUCCAGUUAAAAUGAUUUCAUCUCAACGUUGUACCGAUUACAAAUAUCUGGUUCAUCCUUGAAAUUGAGAAUGAUCAAAUCAUAAUAAUUAACUGUCGGGGUGAAAUCUAGUGAUGAGUGAAGAUCGGAAGAAAAUCUGUCGACGUUCAGUGGUCGGGAGGAAAUCUGACAUCAGUUGGCGGCCAGGCGGAAGUUAGGCGUUAGUCGGUGGCUGAGAAGAAGUCCAGCGUCAGGCAUUGGUCGAGUGGAAAUACGGCGUCUGUUCGCAGACGGGUAGAAGUUUGGUGUUAGUUUAAUGAUGGUCGGUGGUCCGAAGGUGGUCAAGGAGGAUUAUGGUGGCAAGAGAACUCUAGUUUCUCUCUCUUCCUUCUUUUCCUUCAAUUUCUUAAUUAGGUAUCUUUCCAUGAGGAAUGAGGGAUCUAUUUAUAAUUUCUGAGAGUGAUAUGAUCAGUAAAUAGAAGGGAGAUCUAAGGUAUAUUGGGAGUGGUUUGAAUGGACAACCAAUAUUGAUCCCCUUGAUCAUUGAUCGUUUACUGGACAUUUGAAUGUCUUAAUGAUAUAAGAAUUUGGCGAUCUUAGUCUCGUUGGAUUCAUCUCGUCAAGCCACUUGAUUCGAUUGUAAGAAUGUCACGUUUGGAAUUUGUUUGAUAAUCUAAAUUAUGGUUUGAAACUUCUAAAGGUGCUUUUACUCUUCAAUUUGGAUCCAUUUAGGCUCAUAUUGAGUUGAAUUUGGUGUUCAGUUCGAUAAUAAGUUUGCUAAUAUCGGAGUUUAGAUGGUCCCAGAUUAAAUUUUGAAAGCUUUUAACUCAAUUUUGUCUUGAGAUUUGAGCCCAAUAAAGAUAAAUUUUUUUUAUGAUUAUCAUUUUUUUUUUAACAUUUAGGUCAAUAAAGGCAGACUCAUACAUGCAUCGUAUAUAUAUAUAAUUUGAACUCAAAAUCUCUUAAUUAGUAAUCUAUAAAUAUAUAUCAGCUAUUAAUAACUAUUAGUUGUGAUGUGGUUAAUCCUCCCAAGACUUAAGAUUAUGGUGCUGCAUGUAUGAGUCUGUGUUGUUGUUCCUUUGCUCCUCCCCUAAAAGCCCGCACCAGUACCUUGACUCUUUCUCCGGACCAGUUGCUCCCUUCGGACGCCAUUCUUACUCCUUGGAUUCCAUCCCUACUACAAUCAAUAAGUUGAACACCCUCCCUUUUCUUCUUUGCACUCUCCAUGGACAGAGGAAUCUCACUCUCAAUCUACUGUCACUCAUCCCUCGUUUUCCUUCUGCUCAUCUCCCACCUUCUUCCAUGCGCUCAUCUCAGCCCCAUCGCCAUCACAAACCACCAUGAAAUCCAACUGCAAACCUACAUUGUUCAUGUUCAAGAACCAACAAGCACCACCAAGCUCAGCAUCGAACACUUGCAGGAGUGGCACAAAUCCUUCCUUCCCAACGCUUCCCUUGAUUCCGGCGAGCCCCGCAUCAUCUUCUCCUACCAUCACGCCAUUUCAGGCUUCGCUGCCAAGCUCACUCGCCAAGAACUUCUCUUUAUGAGUUCAAAGGACGGCUUCAUCCUCGCCCAUACUGACAACCCGACCUUUCUCUUCACGACGUACACCCCUGACUUCUUAGCCCUCAAGCACUGGGGCGCCCUCUGGCCAGAGUCCUCUCAUGGCCAAGGAAUCAUCAUUGCUGUAAUCGACACCGGAAUUCACCCCAAUCAUCCAUCUUUUGAUGACAAAGGGAUGCCGGAGCCUCCCAUCAAAUGGCGAGGCCGCUGCGAUCUCCCGCCGCCGGCCACCUGCAACAACAAGCUCGUCGCCGCGACGGCAUUCAAGGGCCGGCUGAAGCCAUCUCCGGUAGACAACUCCGGGCACGGCACUGUAACAGCAAGCAUUUCAGCCGGAAGCUUUGUGCACGGCGCUGAGGUUCUCGGAAAAGCUAAUGGCGCUGCUUCUGGCACCGCGCCAAAAGCUCACCUCGCGAUUUACAAGGCUUACUAUAACAACCAUGGAACUGAAAGCGACCUCCUUGCUGCCAUAGAUCAGGCCAUUGCCGACGGAGUCGACAUCCUCUCCAUGUCCAUUGGGCAGGAGCCGAAGCCUUUAUAUGAAAGCAGCGUGGCCAAGGCUUCGUUUUCAGGUAUCCGAAAGAACAUCUUCCCCUGCUGCGCUGCAGGGAACUUUGGCCCUGUUGCAAGCAUUUUGUCGAACGAUGCGCCAUGGUGUCUGACGGUCGGAGCAGGCACUGUUGACAGAAGGAUUCGAGCUACGGUUAGGCUUGGAAACGGGAUGGAAAUGGAUGGAGAAUCUUCAUACCAAACUGAAACUUUCGAUUCCAAGCUGAUGCUGCCGCUAGUGUUUCCAGGAGAGACGGGAAAGCCUGAAGAACUACACUGCCAAAGUGGUUCCUUGAGAAGCUCCAUUGUUUCGGGGAAGAUAGUGCUGUGCGUGACUGAUGAAUAUGACAAUCUUGAAAGGAGCGAGACUGUGAAAACUGCCGGUGGAGCCGCCAUGAUUGUUAUGAACAGACUUGCUGAUGGAUACACGACGAAUGCCGAUCCACAUAGCAUUCCAGCCUCCCAUGUUAGCCAUGCGGAUGGGCAGAAGAUCCAGGCUUAUAUCCGCACAACGCUGAAUCCUGCAGCAACGAUUAUCUUCCAAGGAACUCAAUUUGGCGCCCGCCCAACUCCCGCAGUGGCCUCAUUCUCCUCUAGAGGUCCGAGCUUCAACAAUGGUGGAAUACUGAAGCCCGAUGUCGUCGCUCCUGGUGUUAACAUUCUAGCAGCAUGGCCAACCGAAGUUGGGCCUAAGAAGCAAGGCAAAUCGGGUUCAAGCUUCAACUUUGCAAGCGGAACCUCCAUGGCCACACCACAUGUGUCAGGGAUUGCCGCCAUGUUGAAGAAGCUUAAACCUGAAUGGUCUCCUGCAGCGAUCAAAUCAGCAAUCAUGACAACUGCCUAUGUACGAGACCGGCAUGGAAAUGCCAUCACAGAUCAAAAUGGAGGGGGCAAUGCGAGCUUCUUUGCAAUGGGGGCAGGCCAUGUGAACCCUGCAAAGGCCAGUGAUCCAGGUCUUGUUUAUGACUUGCAGUGGCAAGAUUACAUCCCUUACCUUUGUGGCCUUGGAUACACAAAUGAUCAAGUGAUGGCUGUUACUAAAGACAUUACAGAUUGUUCAAACAUCAAAAAGAUUAAUGCUGAAGAAUUGAAUUACCCAUCGAUUGCGAUGAAUCUCAGAACAGGAGAGUCGAAGACAAUCAUCCGCAUGGUGACAAAUGUUGGUGAAGCAAGUUCCAAGUACAAGUUACAAAUUGAGGAGCCUAAUGGAGUUUCCAUUCAUGUUAAUCCCGAGACCCUGCAAUUCUCCAGACUGCAACAAGUGGAGAGCUUCACUGUAAAGUUUAGUGCUAAGCCCGGUCCUUCAAAGAAAGGAGAAGUCUCAGAAGGAUCUCUGACAUGGAUUUCUGGAUGUUACAUUGUCAGGAGCUCCAUCUCUAUAUCAUUCACUUAAUAUUUAUUACUUUUCGAAAUAUUGCAUGCUAAUAAGUAAAACGAGCAUCUCAGCCCAAAAUCACUCAAUUCUAAUGUCAUUAA